CCUCGCCCCACCCAAUAAAAAGCACCAGACAUGCCCUCUGCCUUUCUUACUCCUGGAUUAGUUGCAUAAACCUCCACCACUUACUGACAGAGACACGCUUCCCCAUCUGCCAGAAUGCCUCCUCCUGGUGUGUGUCUGAAUAUUAUGAAGGAACGGCAUAAGAAAGAGGGCAGAGGAUCUGUCACCAACCCUGACAAGUUCCUGGACCAGGACUUUGAAGAUCUACAUCAAUACUUUCUCAAGAAUGGAUUUAGGUUCUUAGAUAAAAUGUUUCCUCCGGAAUGUAGUUCCAUUGGAGAUGGACUUCUCCCAUCAAAUGACCUGGCAAGAAUUGUGUGGCAAAGACCAAGUAAAAUUGUGAAAGACCCUCGUUUUAUUCUCGAAGGAGUGUCCAGGUUUGACUUCAAGCAAGGUCGAGUUGGGAACUGCUGGUUUCUUGCCGCUAUUGGAGCGCUGACAUUUCAAGAAGACAUGAAAAAACAAAUUAUACCAGCAGGACAAUCUUUCGAAAAGGACUAUGCAGGGAUUUUCCACUUCAGGUUCUGGAGAUUUGGGAAGUGGGUUGAUGUGGUGAUUGACGACAAGCUUCCAACUAUUGGUGGGAGACUGAUAUUUGUACACUCAAAAACCCACAAUGAGUUUUGGGCUGCGCUGAUGGAGAAGGCCUAUGCUAAGGUUUGUGGCUCCUAUGCUGACAUGCACUUUGGCUACGUGUCUGAGGCCCUGAUGGACUUCACAGGCGGCGUUCACAUGACAUACAAGCUGAACGAAGCCCCCCCUGACCUCUGGGACAUCAUGUUGAGAGCCGCCCAGUCCAAAUCCCUCAUGGGCUGUGGUACUCCAGCAGGGGUCAGUCGGAAAAACACUGUUUUGCCUAAUGGGAUUGUGGACGCCCAUGCCUACACAAUUACAGGAGUUAUACAGGUCCUGAGUAAUAAUCGCCCUGUUAGACUGAUCAGGUUGUUCAAUCCGUGGGGCGAAGGAGAGUGGAGGGGUGACUGGAGUGAUAAGUCAUCCAAAUGGCAAACUGUCAGUCCAGAGGACCGUACAACUUGCCUCUCCAUCUGUGACGACGGUGAAUUUUGGAUGUCAAUGGAGGAUUUCUGCCAGAGCUAUUCUGACAUGGACAUAUGCUCCACGAGCCUUGCUUUCCUUGAUGCAUCCACAGACUGGACAUACAAGUUUCACGAGGGACGAUGGGUCGCUUGGACCACUGCUGGUGGCUGUCUGAAUAACAGAGGGAGUUUUUGGAUAAACCCUCAGUAUCACAUAAAGUUGGAACCCCUGAAGGGUGAAUGUGCUAAUGACAACGACAAGAACCUACUCGUGUCCCUCAUGCAGAAGUCUGACAAAAGGAACAGGCGCCUUGACUCCAACUUCAGUAUUGGCUUCGCGAUUUUCAGUGUGCCACCUGAGUACUAUGGAAGAGAGGGGAAGUUCCCUGCAGAGUUCUUCAAGAAGAACCCUGUAGCUUCAACCAAACAAUUCAUAAAAGCUCGAGAGGUUGUUGAGUUCUUCAGAUUGGUUCCGGGCGAGUAUAUCAUUGUCCCGUCCACUUUCAACCCAAAUGAGACGGCUUCCUUCAUCCUGUCCAUAUUCUCCAAGACAGACAGCCAUCUUGAUGAAAAUUCCAUUGACAGUUGGACGAUUACAAAGCCCAGUCUAACUGACCAACUAAAUGACAACAACUCCAAGGUUACCUUAUUCAAGAAGUUCACUGACCAGUAUGAAGAAGUCGAUGCAGAGCAGCUACAGAGGCUUCUGAAUGAGAAUCUUCUUCAAGGCAACUCCUCAGGCUUUGGCCUGGAUACCUGUCGCAGUAUGGUUGCCUUGAUGGAUCUCUCUGUCACUGGCCACCUUAAUCGCCAUGAAUUCCUUCGACUGUGGGACCGAGUGGUCACAUACAGGGAAAUCUUUUACCGCACUGACAUUUCAAGGACUGGUGACUUGUCCCUUAGUGAACUGAGGAAUGCUAUGAUUGCCGCAGGUGCGCAGAUUAGCGAUAGCAUGCUGAACCUCAUGGCUUUGCGCUACGGUGGCUCAAAAGGAAACUUAACGCUGGAGAGCUUUGUGUACCUCAUCCUGCGCUUGGAGUGCAUGUCCAAGGUCUUCAGAAAGCUGUCAGAUGGGAAUGGAGUCUAUCUGCAAGAGUAUGAGUGGAUGCAUCUUACCAUGUAUUCCUAACUUAGAAGUUGUGACGACAACAAUGUGGCGCUCUAUAAGUUUCCGAAAUACUCUACAUGCUAUUUGUAUUUAGGCUUCUGAGAACCUGUGCUGAUGUAAACUUGAGUAUUAAAGAAGCUGAAGUGACGGCAGGGUUGAUUACGGCAGCUUCAGGUGAUACAAAAAGCAACAGCUAAGGUUCUCACGAAAGCUAAUAUAACUGUCUAUAUACUCCAAUAAUUAAGGCCCUGCACUGGCUUCCAGUAAGUCCCACUAUGGAACAGGGCCAACUUAUCUAUCAGACAUGCUUCUGCAGUACACACCUUUCGGACCAGGUCUCAGAAAUACUUUUUGGUAAAACCUGCUGUUAGAACUAAACAAGGUGAAGCAGCUUUUAGCUUUUUUCAGCUUUGGAAGACAUAAAAAAUGUCCCGGAUGACCUCAAAAAUGCCCCAACUGUAACCAGUACUAAUCUAGACCUAAGACCAGAAGAGAGGUGUUCUCAGUGCUUACUGCUACCUGAUCAAAUGCACUUCAUGUUAAUCAGAUGAACUGUGUAUUAUUAUUAUUAUAUCUUUACUUUUAUGCACUAUUUUUAAACUCUUGCCCUUUAUGCUUUUGUUUAGGCUACUAUUAAUCUUUGCUUUUGUUUAUGUAAAGCACAUUCAAUUACCCCUGUAUAUGAAAUGUUUAUAAAUAAACUUG